AACGUCAGAUCAUCAAAACAUUUUUGGUCCGCAAAACAGUCGGAAGCCAUUUAUCAACUCAUCGUUGUAAUUCAGUUUAUUGCUGUUAAAAGCCAUUGCAAAAUGCUCGGAUUCGAAAAUUUCCCGGAAUACGAAGUGCCCGGAAUUCGCCAGGUGCAAUUCUAUCCUUACGAAUCGAACGGAGGGAGUGUAGUAGCAAUUGCUGGCGAUGAUUUCGCCGUUAUCGGAGCCGAUACCCGGCUCAGUGUCGGUUACUCCAUUUUGACCCGACAGCAAAACAAGCUGUUCCGGAUGUCCGAGCGAACGGUUCUGGCAUCUACUGGUUGUUGGUGCGAUACACUUGCUCUGACCAGUUUGGUCAAGGUACGGAUGCAGAUGUACAAGGAUCAGCAUCAGAAGAACAUGUCCACUCCAGCUGUCGCCCAAAUGCUGUCGAUUCUAAUGUACAAUCGACGAUUUUUCCCAUACUACGUGUCGAAUGUGCUGGCCGGUUUGGAUGAGGAAGGCAAGGGCGUCAUCUACAGCUACGAUCCGAUUGGUCACUGCGAAAAGACCACAUACCGGGCGGGAGGAUCGGCUGGCCCGUUGUUGCAACCAGUUUUGGAUAAUCAAAUUGGGUUGAAGAAUAUGACCGACGCUAAGGCUGCUCCGGUGGAAUUGAGCAAAGCCAUUUCCAUUAUUAAAGAUACGUUCAUUUCCGCCACGGAGAGGGAUAUCUACACCGGAGACUCCGUUAUUAUCAAUGUGAUCACCAAGGACGGAAUUAAGGAGGAGGUCAUGCAACUGCGCAAGGAUUAAAUUUCUACAAUUUUUCAGAGAGGAUGAAAGGAUUGGGAGCUUCUUUUUCCGGUAAUUUAAUACUGUAACCAUUUCUAUUAAUAAAUUGUUUGGAAAUGUAA